GGUGUACGUCCCUCAUUUUGUGUGCUCUCUUCGUGUGUGAAUUAUCAUUCUCCUACCUGUCGCUUUUCUGUAUGAAGAUGAACUCUGGCCUGAUUUCAACUGUCGUGCAAGUCGCCAUGGAGCUGAUGGAUUCUGACAGUGACGAAGAGUACGACGACUUAGUCGCUACAAUAGCGAUGAAAUCAGCGAGAUUGGACAGAAAUCGCAUACCAAGGUAUUGUGAGGACGUUGUUGACCGGUACUUUGGUUUCGAGUUUAAACGGAUGUUUAGGCUGUCACGCGAGACGUUCAGGGAUCUCGUUGCCCGCUACCAGACGUCCUCGUUCUUCCCCGAUUCUGCUGGUGGUCGCCCACGGAUCAGUGCCGAUAAGACUUGCCUGGUAGUGCUGAGCUACCUCGGUAGCCAGUCGAGUAUGUACUCCCUUGCUGACAGAUUUGAUGUAUCCGAGUCGUCAGUUCACACGUGCAUUGAGCGCGUAUUGGACUUUUUAAACAGCAUAAGCGAAGAAGUCAUUUCUUGGCCAGACAGUCAUGAGCAAGAACGGAUCAAGACUGGCUUUUUGGUAAGGAGCGAAGGUAAAGGCCCGCGCAACACCAUAGGCUGUGUGGACGGUUGCCAUAUAGAGAUUAAAAAGCCGGAGGAGUCAUCGCAUUCGUACUUCAACCGCAAGAAAUUUCCAUCUGUGGUGCUCCAGGGAAUAUGCAAUGACAGGAACAAGUUCAUUGACGUUUUAGUUGGAUUUCCUGGAUCUGCACACGAUGCCAGGGUGCUUCGUGAAGGCCCUUUCUUCGAGGUAGCCCAGACAAAGUGCGCAGACAGUUACCUGCUUGGAGACUCCGCAUACCCCUUGCUUCCGUGGUUGUUGACGCCAUACCGGGAUAAUGAGCAGACCUUUCCAGUAUGGAAGAAGCGCUAUAACAAGUGUCAUUCUCAACAGAGGUCUGCCAUUGAGAAUGCCUUUGGCCAUCUGAAACAAAGGUUUCGUAGGCUUUACUUUGUUGACGCUGCUACAGUCAAACAGUGCUGCCUUAUAAUAAUGGGUGCUUGUGUGUUGCACAACAUGUGCAACGAAGAGAGGGAUUUCUUCAUUGAGCUCCAGGAAACUGCAGAGUUUGAAGAAGUUGGAAAUGAUGAUGAGAAUGAUGUAACGGACCGAAGUUUGGCUGCAUACAGUGAAUGUUUGAGAAAGGCCAUUGCUCAAAAGCAUUGUUAGUGCCUAAGUGAGGAUUUCAUGAAUUUGUGAUGUUUAAGAGUGGAGUGCAUUGUUGUCUAAUAAAAGAAGAAAACGAUUUUUUGUUGCUCAAUUUAUUCACCAUUUUUUCCACACUGACUCUCAACGGCAGUGACAAGGCGUUCUAGCAGGCUCAUUUUGGCACUGAACCGUGCCUCUCUUUCUCUGCGGCUUUCCUUGAACUCUUCGAGCAGAGCUUGGAGCGGAGUGCCAUCCACCCUUUUCCUUUUUUUUUUCUGUGGCUGGCUUGAUGGCCCGGCUUCAGCCACUUCUUCGUGUGCACGUUCUGGUUCUGCACCUGCUGUGUCAAGCUCACUUGAUGGCGGAGAGUCAUUUUGAUCACCUGCGUCGAGGCUGUCCCUGAAACAAAAUGUAACUGUAAAUAUGAAAUAUUUACAUUUCAUGUACAAUAACUUUACCUGUUCUUUUCAAUCACCCUUCCUGGGGCAAUCAGCACUGUCGGGGUGAUGUGAUGCUCUUUCUCAAGAACAUCACUCAGUUCUCUAGAAAGAAAAAAUAUUGCUAGUGUGUUGAUGAAUAGUUGAAUAUGACCUGUACUCACUCUUCAAAUUCGCAAGAGACCCUUCCGUUGC